GGUGCUGAUGGGGAAAUGAGACAGCUGUAAAGGUGACAGAAGGGGCCCAUGGAGGAAGACAGGUCAGGACACGGGUACCCUGUGUUCCCAGAGAGGCAGAGCUGGGAGAACCAGAGGGAGUCACCUGAAGCAAGUCAUGGCUCUAUGUCUGGGUGUCAGAAGAUGCUGAAUAUCACCAUGGAAAUAAGUCCAUAUGCCAAGUUACUUUUAGAUGCCAUGAAACAAUCUGGCUGUGCAGUUUCCAAGGACAGACAUUUUGCUUGUGAAGACUGCAGUGGAUCAGUAAGUGGAGGUUUUGAUGCAGAUACCUCUGAAAUUGUAUUGUGUCAGAAUAAUAUACACAGUCAAGCUCACAUGAACAGAGUGGUUACACAUGAGCUGAUUCAUGCUUUUGAUCACUGCCGUGCACACGUUGACUGGUUUAACAAUGUACGGCACUUAGCCUGCUCCGAGAUCAGAGCUGCCAACCUUAGCGGAGACUGUUCAAUCAGCAAUGAAAUUAGCAGGUUCAAUUUUGGAUUUAAACAGCAUCAUCAGGCCUGUGUCAGAGAUCGAGCUCUUCGUUCUAUAAUGGCUGUAAGAGACAUCAGCCGAGAGGCAGCAGAGAGGGCUGUUCAUGAAGUAUUUAACUCCUGUUUUAAGGAUCAUGAACCAUUCGGUCGAAUCCCCCAUUGUAAAAAUGAUGCAGAUAUGGCAUACAGAGAUUUUAAAAAUCGGAACAGAUAUUCUUCAGAAAUCUAAAAAAAAAAAAAAGAUCAAUGAUGCAAUUUUCAAUUUGCUUAUAUUAUUGAUUCUCCUCUUUGUUUUGGGAUUAUUUUCAUAUAAAACCAUCCUAUGUGUGAGACUGUGUCUCCUUUUUUUUGUGAAUGUAAUUUUUUAUAUUUAAAAAUGAUUUUUUCUGUAGUUU